GCCGCGGAAUUGUCAUGGUGACGCCCGGAGGUGGCCGGAAGCUCUCACCUCGCUUCCGCCACGCGGCCGCCACUUCCGGGCUCGCUCGGGAUGCUGCGGGCGCUGUGCGGCGGAGGCGGGCGGUUCUUCCGUCCCGGCCUCUCGCUCGUUCCUCUCUGUCGGCCUCCGCGGCGCAGCCUCUCGCAGCGGCCGGCCCCCGCCGUCCCGCCCGCUGUCGGGCGAUGGCUGCUCGCCUGCAGCGGCGCUGUGGCGGGUGCCGUAGUGCUGGGCGGCGUCACCAGGCUGACGGAAUCCGGCCUGUCUAUGGUGGACUGGCACUUGGUGAAGGAGAUGAAACCCCCCAGGACGCAGCAGGAGUGGGAAGCAGAGUUCCAGAAGUACCAACAGUUCCCAGAGUUCAAAAUUCUGAAUCAUGACAUGACUCUGACAGAGUUCAAGUUCAUUUGGUACAUGGAGUACUCACACCGUAUGUGGGGCCGUGUGGUGGGCUUGGCCUACAUCAUUCCUGCUGCCUACUUCUGGAGGAAGGGCUGGCUCAGCCACCCCAUGAAGGGCCGUGUGCUUGCACUCUGUGGGCUCGUGUGCUUCCAGGGUCUACUGGGAUGGUACAUGGUGAAGAGUGGAUUGGAAGAGAAGCCAGAUUCCUAUGAUAUUCCUCGGGUCAGCCAGUACCGCCUCGCAGCACACCUUGGCUCUGCACUGGUUCUUUAUUCUGCCAGUCUGUGGACGGGGCUGUCUUUGCUGCUUCCACCACACCAGUUGCAUGAGACACGUCAGCUGCUUCGGUUGAGGCACUUUGCUCAUGGCACUACAGCUCUCAUUUUUCUUACAGCUCUUUCAGGUGCCUUUGUGGCAGGGCUGGAUGCUGGUCUUGUGUACAAUUCCUUCCCCAAAAUGGGGGAACGCUGGAUCCCAGAUGAUCUUCUCGCCUUCUCCCCAACCCUGAGAAAUAUCUUUGAGAAUCCUACAACUGUACAGUUUGAUCACAGGAUCUUGGGAGUUGCCUCAGUCACAGCCGUCACAGCCCUGUACCUCUUCUCACGGAAGAUCUCCCUCCCUCACAGGACCAGGAUGGCAGUGACAUCCUUACUGGCAGCGGCUUGGGUGCAGGUGUGCCUGGGCAUCAGCACGUUGCUGCUCUACGUCCCCACGCCGCUGGCCGCCACGCACCAGUCGGGCUCCCUGGCGCUGCUCAGCGCGGCCCUGUGGCUCAUGAGCGAGCUGCGGCGCGUGCCCAAGUGACCCGCGGGGCUCGGCUGCUCGACCUCCCGGUGGCGACGGCGCGCGGUGCGUUCCUGCUGUGUAACAUAAAGGACUUUUACGGA